AAAUACACGUAACAUCCAACAUAUAAAGACGUUACCACAUAAAUCCUAACGUUCAUAACAAUGAAUGUGUUUUUUGUUAUUUUAACAAUCAUAAAAAUGUUUCAUUACGUGAACGGAAACACAUUGGACGAGCAAAGUUCGAGUUUAAAUCUUAAAUCAGGUAUUUUACCAGACAGGACUAAUAGGAUCGAAGAUAUUUAUUUACGUUUUUAUAAUGGAAAUACGCUGAAUGAAUACGUGGAUCUGCCGCUACACCAGGUCACCCGUUUGUUUGAAAUAAAAGGUUUUGACAAUGGUAACCCCACAGUACUUUACAUUCACGGCUUCAUAGAAACAGCUCAGCAAGAAAGCGUGCAGGUCAUGGUAAACUCGUAUUUAGAAGCACGACCAGACGUUAACGUGAUUCUAUUGGACUGGUCUAACAUGGCUCAUGGUUCAUAUUUACUUAAUGCUGCUAGAAAUACCAAAAAGGUUGGAGUAGCGGUAGCAGCACAAUUGAAUAGGUUAAUCGAAACAGGGCUGGUAUUAGAAAAAUUACAAAUCAUUGGACACUCUCUGGGCAGCCACGUUGCCGGUUACUUGUCGAGGGAACUCAAAAACAAAUAUAACAAAACCAUUAAAAGAUUGACAGCGUUGGAUCCGGCAUUCCCAGCAUUCUAUCCUGACGGCGUAGUUAUGGAACACGUCACAGACAAAGACGCGGAGUUCGUAGACGUUAUACACACGGACGCUGGAGGCUACGGCGCACCGGUCAGAACUGGAACAGCUGACUUCUGGCCAAAUGGCGGGAAAAGUGUACAACCGGGGUGCCCUCGAUUCGCACCAAUACCCCUGUCAGACGACAAUUUAUGCAGCCAUUGGAGGUCGUGGCAGUUCUACGCUGAAUCCAUAAGAAACCCGGAGGCCUUUGCAGCCUCGCCCGCUGAUUCCUACCAUAAAUUCAGAGAAAACCCUUCCCCUGAAGUUGGUAUGGUGUAUAUGGGAGCUAACUGUGAUACUAGUGCUCAAGGUUCUUAUUAUCUGACUACAAACGCUGAACCUCCGUUCGGAAAAGGUAUUGACGGAAUUUAUUCUAAGAAUAAAAAUUCAAAGGGUAAAAAAUUAUAAGUCGUAAUAAAACGCUAGUGUGGCUAUAACAAAUUUAAUAGACAACUUGAAAAGUCACAAUUAUUCCAAAUCAUAGAAAUAAAUACAGAAAAUAAAAUAUUAUGAGAUAUUGUUUAGCAAAACAAGAUUUAAAAAAUAAUAUUAUAAUUGUUAGUACCGAAUUGUUCUGUGAGGUUUAUUAUUGUAUAAAUUCAUAUAAAGAAUUAUAGUGAUAUUUAUAUUAAGAUAUUAAAUGUAUACGUACAAUUUAAGAUUUCAUGUAAUUUGAAGUCAUUUUGUAUGCUGAAAUCUCGAAAUUAGAUUAUUAUCUAGGCUGUAAAUAAUAAAUCACUUACGUAACUUCACAAUAUUGUAAGAUAUAUGUCACAAACUAUGUAUUUCAUAGUAGGCAAUUAAAUAGAUUGUGUUCAACUUAUUAUAAUGUACUUAAUGUUACGGGUACAAAAGAAAUAUUAUCUGUGGUCGAAUCAUUGACAUGUUGACUUAAUUAAUUUUUUUUCCUUUAAAUUUAAUCUGUGGUUUCAUUCACAUGACGUAAUUCUUUAUAUUAUCGAUAAAAGCUCUUAAAUUGUCCCGGAGCAAUACAGAAAUUAAUUCGAUAAAAUAUUACACUUGCUUUAUAAAUUAUGAAUGUCAUUUCAUUGAUAUACUUAUUUUAUAAACGUAAUAGAUUAUGAAAAAAAAUGCACACUUUCUUCACAACGAACAACACUAGACAUUGGUGUAAUAGAAAUAAAUGUAUCAAGGGUACCAGCCUUUA